AUGGGCGCGGAGAGCAAGCUGAGUGCAGAGGCCGCAGCCCGCUUCGUCCUGGGGCUGAGCCAAGGCUGCUCCAAAGAAGAUGUGAAGCGAGCUUUCAGGCGAUUGGCCUUGGUGUUCCACCCAGACAAGAACAAGGGGCAAAACGAGGAAGAGGCCACCAAGCGCUUUCAAGCCAUUGCCACUGCGAAGGACCUUCUACUUGGCACUUGCCUCUCAGGCACCGCACGGCCGGGUCCGCCGGUGGCCAAGAAGCCUUCGGUGGUGGUCCACUGGGUGUGCGGUGCUUGCCAGAUGCGGCACUUGGGCUCUUUGGGUUCGAGGACACCCGAACCCUGUGGCCGCGCCACAUCUUCCACGCUGUGCUUCUGUCGGCACCGCCUCGGAGUGCAUGAGUUGGAGAGUCAGGGUGGAGGUGCUCCGAAGCUCAGGAUAAGCAGUUUGUACCUCAAGGAAUGGGAAGUUGUUUUUUUCCGGGAGUUUCCUUGCUUGGUGAGGCAAGAGGCUGAACGACACCUGAACACCUUCAAGGUGUGCAUCCGCCAUAGUGGAGGAAAGAACCUGCACCUGGAGGCGUCGCCGGGGGAGACCGUGAAGGAUCUGAAGCGGCGCUUAGAGGAGAGCUGGGGUAUUCUCUCCAAGGAGCAACGAUUGCUUUGUCGAGGCGCCUUGAUGGUGGAUGAGAGGUCCUUGGGAUCCUACGACCUGCAAGUGGAUGGUGCUGUGAUUGUGUUUGCUCCUCAACUGCGCCUGCGGCAAGCCAAUGGGACCAAGAGUCGUGGGCCUGGCAAGGUGAUGCCCUAUGAUGCCGCACGGGGCUUUCUCAUGGUUCCGGGCUUGGAGAAAUGGAGGCCAGAGACGGCUGGCAAGACCAAUGUGGAGGAAGCGGAUUUGUUCUUCGACAGCCAGAAGUCACCAGCUCCCUGGCAGAUCCGCUCGAGGGAUUUCACACAGGUGAGAUGA